UCUAUGUAAAGAGACUGCAGUGUGUAGAAAAUCCCAGCACAUCAGCCGUUUCUGAAAUACUCAAACCAGCCCAUCUGGUACCAACAACCAUGCCACAAUCAAAGUCAAAGAUCAUAAUUUUUCCUCAUUCUGAUGUUUGAUGUGAACAUUAACCGAUGCUCUUGACCUGCAUCUGCAUGACUGUAUGCAUUUUGCAGCUGCCACAUGAUUGAAUGCUUUCAUAACUGCAUUAAUGAGCAGGCGUAUAGGUGAUCCUAUUAAAGUGGACACAACAUCAUCGACUGGGAACUACGUGAACCAACUGGAGCAUAAUGCGUCUGCGCAAGCAUCAACUGAAAAGUUUUGUUUCGGCAAGUCAGUAGGAAGUAGAUUUAUUUCUUUCCCUGGUUAUUGGACGAGUUAAGUGAAGUGAAGUGAGCAAAAUAAAUAAAAAUUGCCGUAGACGGUUACAUCAUUCUGAUCGGAUGCCGCACGACUGCAAACAUCUGUGGUGGAUCUGUGAAGCACCACUAAUAAGAUCUUAUAUUUACACAAGAACAGUCUAGAACAUUCAGCCAUAACCCUGAUUUUCAUAGUAUCAGAAUAGCUGCGCUGGUGUAAGAUAAGAUUCCUUACGUCAUGGUAUUACUCAUUACAGCUUGUACUGGCUUAUUCAGUUCUUCUUUUUUCAUACUUCACUUGAAGUACUACAAACACAUAAUCUGGGGUCAGUGCAUUACAUUACAUAUGCCGUUAUUAAAGUGUGUCUGAACAGAAAGCAUGUCAGAUACUGGCUCUGACGCCGAUCAAACAUGUGCCGAGUCUGAUCUGAAGUUUUAAAUUUCACUGCAGGCUCAUGAUGACCCCUGUGAGCCGUAGCUGCCACAGCUAGUCAGAAGCUGCACCAUGGCCAAGCCGGGGACCGACAGAGAUGGAGCCAUGGUGGAAAAGACGACUGGGAAGAAGAGUAAAGAUAAAAUCUCCCCAUUUACCAAAAGGCCGAAGCUGGAUCGGAGUGAGAUUAUGGGGAAGCCGAAGUCUUCCAUGAAACGCAAGCUCUCCUUCGGUGUCAGUCCGCCCUGUAACGAGGAACGGGACUCAGACACAGAUAAAGAUGGUCCCGAUAAGAAGAGGGUAAAAAAGGAGUCUGGGGGUAAGAAGUCCACCCCUGUGAAUAUUUUGUUCGGUUACCCACUGUCUGAACGCUUGCAGAUGGCCCUGGUGAUGCAGAUGACAGCAAGAGACAACAGUCCAGACACAACACCAAGCCAACCCUCCCAAGCUCCAGCAGUGCAGAAAAAGAUGCCAAAUAACUCCCCUUCGCGUCAGAAAGACAAGGUGAACAAGAGGAAUGCACAUGGAGAAACACAGCUGCACAUGGCUGCCUUCAGAGGGGAUGUCAAACAAGUCAAAGAGCUGAUUGGACUAGGGGCAGAUGUAAAUAUGAAGGAUUUUGCAGGAGCUGUGGUGAACACACAGGGAUUGGACGAUGAUACCCCUCUUCAUGAUGCCUCCAGCAGUGGACACAAAGAUAUUGUGAAGUUACUCUUGCAGCAUGGAGGAAAUGCUUUCCAGGCAAACACAAGAGGCGAGCAGCCGGUGGACUUUGAUGAUUCUCAGGAGAUUGUGCAGUUACUGAAGGGGGAGAUCCCAUUGUCUGACCCAGAUGACAGCUCUUCAAAUCUACACUACAUUGCCAAAGACUCUGAGGACCCUCCGUCAGUCAACCCCUCCAGUGUAGAUGAGAAUGUAGAGGAGGAAGACCUGAGCAAGGCCCUAAAUGACAGAUACAUCCUGAGACGAGAAGCGCGUCAGAAAGAGAAGGAGGAAAAGAAGCAAAACCAUUACACACCCAAACAGUCCAACAAGAGUGAUCAGACAACGUCAUCCUGCAAAUUAAAAAAGCCAAAGUCAUCCCUAGUCCUCUACUGCAGUUCAGAUAGUUCCAACGGUGAAAUGGAGGCUCCAUCAGAACGAAAGUGUUCACCGACCAGGUCACUCUGCAACGAUACUCACAAAACAGAAAGCAGGACAAAAAGAGAAAGCUUAACCCUAACGGCAUCAGAAAAAGUUAAAGCGAACAAGAAGAAGAACAAGAGCCAAAGCAAAAACAAGGAAAAUCAAGAGGUUCAAGAGGACGGAAAAGAAAACAGCAAGUCUCUUCUUUUUUCUACAGCGACAGUAUCUGAUAACUCUGAUAAAAGUGUUCGAGAGGAAUACUCUUUCAAAAUGUCCUUCAGCCCAGAGGACGAUUCGUCAGUGCACCUCUUUCACUUGUCGGCUGUGAAAUCCCCAAAGCUCAAUUACAGCCAAACUGACAAGCAGAUGACUCCAUUAAAACAGGAAAAUGCUAAGACUUUUGUCUCCAUUGGAGAUGGAUCCUGCCCUAUGGAUAGUGUCAAGUAUAACCACUACACAGAUUCAGACUACACAGAAGGUUCCAGCAGUAAGAGCUGUAUGCACAAGGACAAAAGCAAACAUCACUAUAAGGAACACAGCUUGGAAGGAGAUGACCGAAGCUCCAGCCCUUUUAAAGAUGCCAGUUUAAGCAACAGUAUGGAUAGCUCUGAGAGGAAUUGGCAUCGCCAGAAAGAACUACGGAAAGAUGGACAUAGGAACAUGCAGUUUGACCAAGAAUUUUGGAAGGAGAAUUUCUUCAAAAGUGAUGAGAAUGAAGAACUUAAAGGGAAAUGUGAGAUACCAGGCAGUUGCUCUCCUCAGAAGUCCCUUGACUCAUCACCAAUUAAAGAAGAAAAGGCCACUUUAAAAGACAAACACUCGAUCUGCAACAGCAUUAAGGAGAGAAAACAAAAAGACGAGCGAGAGAAACACAAACUCAUAAAAAAAGAGAAGAAAGAGGUGGCAUAUAAAGAUGCUCAAGGAGGAAAGGACGGGAAAGGGGCUGAAAAUGAUGACUGGACAGCAAGUCUUAACUUGUUACGGAAGCCUGAAGACUCUCUUCCAAGUCCUUGUGUUAAAGAGGAGGUAGAAGACAGGCCUCUAACUGGAAACUUGGUUGAUCACAAUCAGCUAGAGACCACAGAGAAGAGCUCUAGAGAAAGAAAUGAUAAACGGCUACCCACGAAGGACCGAGAAUCUGAAAGAGAGCGGCACAAGGAAAAGGACAAGGAUAAAGAGAGGUCACAGCAAAGUAGGGACAGCAAACUCAGUAAAGCAAGGCCUGUUGAGUCAGAGUCGGACAGAUCCAAAUCCAAAGCCUCCCCUGCACAAAAGGAAACCCGUCCCAAAGAGAAAAGACUGGGUAAUGAUGACCUCAUGCAGAACAGCUUUGAACGAAUGCUUAGCCUGAAGGAUCAGGAGAUUGAGCAGUGGCGUAAGGAACACUUGGAAAAGAUCAAGCAAAAAGCGAGGGAAAGGCUGAAACAACAACCAGGAGCCGACUCUGGGAAGCAGAAGAACAAAGAUAAAGCAAAAAUUUCCACUUCUAGUGAACCAAACAAAGAACUCUUGCACUCCAAGGGCUCAGAAACUCCAGAAGUUUCCAGUCGUGAGAAAAUCUUAAAGGAUGCAACCAGUGGAAGGACGCUUUCACUAGAUGCGAAGAGUCUCUCGUGUUUUGGAAAGACUGGGCCUAUACCUGAAGCGGAACAUUCUGUCGGUGUUGAGGAUGCAAGUGGUGGUUCAAGCAGUCAGUUUGCAUGUGUAUCUAACUCUCGAGAUACUUCAGUGAAAGAUUUUGCAGAUCAAAAAACUAGCCUUUCACAAGCCAGCAGUUUGUUGCCAACUACAGUAGAGGUCAGCAAUCUAAACACGGAUACUUCACCAGAGCAACUUGACAGCUCUGACACAGAAAUGACAGACAGCUCAAACAAAAAUUCCUCGUUAGCACCUGUGUCCCAGGUUGCAUCAGCUGCAUCCUCACAGCCAGAUCAAAGCUUCUCCACCAAAACACCUACACGUUCAAUUAGCCUGAAGUGGGAUUCUGUUGCAGAACCCAAUAAUAACCACCCAGCAAGGACAGCUGUUGAUUUGGGACUAGAGCAAAGAGCGAGAAGUCUAUCAGUGGGUCCUGAAAGUAUAAUGGAGGUCAGAUGCAUGGAGAACAUUUCUGGUGGGAGCAGAAUGGAUUGGACAUCUAGCCAAGCUCCAUCCAUAAGCUCUUGUAGGAUCAGUUCUGAGGAGUCUACUAAAACAAUUCCAUGUAUAGCCAGUGUGGUCAGAGAUAUUCAGCCGGUUACAGAAAAGAUUUCGCAAGAUGACUGCAAGUCAGGUCUCUUCAAUGAGAACGCAGGUGCAGCUGAUGGACAGCUGGUGACAAACGAGCAUAGUUUGCCUGUCCCUUCAAUUUCAAAUGUCCCUCAUUGUGCUAGUCCUGAACAGACAGCUGAAGAGCCAAUGGAAGUAUCCAGGGAAGAGCCAGACAAUAGCCAGGCCGUUUCCGAGACACAAGUAGAGAAAGCGGUGACAACAGAGGAUGCUGCUCAAACCCAACUUCCCUCGGAUGGUACAGCAGAUGUCGAUGUGGAGAUGCCAGACCCGCAUGCUGUUGAAGAGAAACCAGCAAAAACAGGUACUCCAUCAGAUGGCGAUCACAGUCUGGGCUGCACUAGGAUUCAACUCGAUUGUCAUUCAGAAAUAACCAGUGGAGCAACAUCUGGAAGCUCUUCUCCAUUGUCAGUGGCAGACAGUGAUUCGACUGGAACCAGGACAAAAGGGAAACCUCUAGAUGACGAGGUUGACCUCCGGGUCGCUCAUCCAAGGAAACGAAAAAUGCCCAGAGUUUCUCCGUCAACCCAAGCCAGCCUUUCAGCCCAGCAGAUCAAGGAAAAGACCCAGCAGUCUUUGGCAGCAAUCGUGGACUCGCUAAAGCUUGAGGAAAUUCAGCCCUACCAGACAGAAAGAGCUAAUCCUUAUUAUGAGUUCCUGCACAUACGCAGAAAGCUCGAGGAGAAGAGGAAAGUGCUAUGUAGCAUCAUUCCUCAAGCACCACAAUACUAUGAUGAUGUUACAUUCAAUGGGUCCUACUUGCUUGAUGGGAAUCCGCUGAGCAAGCUCUGUAUUCCAACGAUAACACCACCACCCUCACUACCUGACCCACUAAAAGAGAUGUUCAAACAGCAGGAGGUUGUGCGCAUGAAGCUCCGCUUGCAGCACAGCAUUGAAAGGGAAAAGUUGAUUGUCUCCAAAGAGCAACAAGUCCUGCAUGUCCAUUAUUGUGCUGCAAGAAUGUUAGCCAAUCAGACACUACCCUUCAGUGCUUGCACGGUCUUGUUGGACACAGAAGUAUACAACAUGCCCCAGGAUGUACAGGCACAUGAUGGGAAAUCCUCAGUGAGAGAUCGGUUUAACGGGAGACAGUUCAUGUCUUGGCUUCAGGAUGUGGAUGACAAAUUUGAGAAGUUAAAGACAUGUCUCUUGAUGAGGCAGCAGCAUGAGGCCGCAGCUAUUAAUGUCCUUCAGCGAUUAAAGUGGCAGCUGAAGCUACAGGAGCUGGACCCUGCCACUUACAAAUCAACCAGCAUCUUCGAAAUCCCAGAGUUUCACAUCCCACUUGUCGAGGUCAACGAUGUUUGACCUCACUCCGACAUAACAGCAGAGCUGAGUGCUUCCUGAGGCUGUGGGGGAGUUCUUUGCUGCACCUUUGGCUUUACUUAAUUAAGGGUUGUCAUUAUUGCUGUGUUUAUUUGCAGUGAAUUUUGUGGGUAUGAUUCUGAUUAGUGGGGUGCUUUUCUCUUUUGUAUAGCUGGUGCUGUCGUACUAGCCUGCCCUUCAUACAGGAAGCCUCAGUCCUCCUAUGAUUAUUGUUAACUUGUGACUGUUUUAUUUGACCAAUGCCUGACUGCGUUGGAUGUUUCUUUUAAAAUAAUUCUUGGCCAGUCUUUUUAACUUCAAAAUAAAAUGUAUUUUUUAUAUGGAAACCCAUGCCUCUAGCCUGUUCUAAGUGGAACGUACUUGCGUGUCUUUAUUUGGGUUAUUUCCCCGUUUUCUCGAGGUGGCGUAGUUGGUACAAAACGAAACGAACGGGCCACAGUGCUACACAUAAAUUCUUACAGCUGCUGGCUUUAGGUCCAAACUGAAAUGCACUUAAACUUCCCUGUUGCAGAAAAGUAGAACCGCAGGCAGAGCUGCAUGUAGGAGAUCCAACCAGCAGACGGCGAUGCCUACCCUCAAUGAUCAGAGGAAGAACACGAGAGAGGGGAAAAGUUAGAAGUUAAAUACUUUACCUCCUGUGAUAGGACAGAGGUCUCGUUCCAGCUCGUUUCAAAAAGUGCGUUCAUGAUGUAUAGAAUGUGCUCUUCAUUCUUUUUUUUCUUUCUUUUUUUUAAACUUACUUUAUACAUACUGAUUGUGCAUUUGUAAAUAGCCAUGUAAUAAUUAUUUUUAACUUGUAAAAAGAAGAAAAUAACAGAAAGGAAGUUAAUAGAUAUUUUGAUUGUAAACUUUUCAUCAAAUGUUUAAUGGACCAAAGUUGGUUUUAUAUUGAGUGUCCUCUCUGUUGUUGAUGUUGGCUUAACUCUUUAAGCAUGUGUUUUUGAAUUGUUACGUUUCUUCUGCUACACGUUUCCUCCUAGAUUCAUCACAGCAGGUGUUUUUUGACAUGUGAUUCUAUGCUGUGCAGGUGUUGCAGGUUUGUAAUUUUUUGUCUUUUUUUUUCCCCCGAAAAGAUGUGCUGUGAUGUUUAUGUAAGUGGUCCUGCUUUUUCCUGCCUUUUUGUCAUCUUCUUGGUAACACUUGUCACAAUUCCCCCUUGAAGCAGCGUGCUCUAAGCGCGAAUGCGCGAGCACCUGCUUUUCCGUUGUUGACCAUAAUGACAUCUGGACCACGUGUGUUUUGUUUAUGUUUCUGUCAUGUCUCCUCCCUGUUCUGUCAUUGGCUGGGAUUUCACGUGGGUCUGUAUUGCUCUCAGCUGCUAGCAGUUUAGACGCUGAUUAUGUCCGCAUAUAUACCGCACGCCUCCCAGCACACAAGGCGGAAGAUUAAUAUCAUAUAGUUAGUUUAGUUCGUAUCGUAGUCAUAGUCACGGUCCAUGUUUAGAGUUAGUUCGCGCUGGAUUAUCCGCUUCCAGUUCCUCGUCAUAGUUCGUUUCUCAUUUUGUUUAUCGACCCUGUUUUCCGUGACCACGACCUAGAUUCCACCCUUGCCCCGUGUAUGCCUGUUUGCCAAUCGCCUGACCUCUUGCAUGUUUGCGGAUUACGUUUUGGAUCACGUUUUGGAUUUGUCUGCCUGUCUCUCUUUCAAAUAAACAACUGUUCAUCCAGCACUUGCAUCCGUCCCAUCUCUGCUCCGUCACGAUUCGUGACAACACUCACUUCCUCCCCGUUGUGUCUCACGCACAUUGAGAGAAAACAGCAUUGAUGUGUCUUCUCGUUAGAAAAAGGAAACAUACUUUUUACAGUUUUAAUGUGAGAUCACAACAAAACCUUUUUUUUUUUUUUUUUACAACACGCCUUUUGAACAAUGGUUCUUAAAAUAUGUCUAUUUUAAUAUUUACUUGUUACAGGAUAAUGUACAUAAUUGUUAUAUACCUGAAUAAGUUUUAUUGGUUAUGAACUUUCUUUUUAACGUCGUGUCCGUCUUCUUAUAAACACUCCAUACCAUAGAGCAUCACUAUCAGCUGUUACAUACUAUCACACUUGAGUUGCAUCCACGGCCAUAUUUCUUCAAUCCUAGUGGUUUUGUCUUCGCAAAUUUUUUAAUCUAUGAACGGAUACUUGGAAAACAUGUUUUUAUUAAGGUUAU